AUGUCUUUCCGACUCGCCACUUACCUGCGAACCGCCAAGUCUCUGCGACCGGCCACUCUGCCCGCCGGCGCCCGAUUCUACUCCUUCAAGGCCGAGGACCAACCUCGAAUCCGAAUCGGCUCUACCGCCCCCAACUUCUCUGCCCAGACCACCGGAGGAGAUAUUGACUUCCACAACUUCAUUGGCGACAAGUGGACCGUGCUGUUCUCUCACCCCGCGGACUUCACCCCCGUGUGUACCACCGAGCUCGGCGCCUUUGCUGCUCUCAAGGACGAGUUCACAAAGCGAAACGCCCAGCUGAUUGCUCUGUCUGCCGACGACCUGCAGUCCCACAAGGACUGGGUCCAGGACAUUGAGGACACCUCCACCUCCGGCAAGGCCUUCGACUUCCCCAUUAUCGCCGACCCCGAGCGAAAGGUCGCCUUCCUUUACGACAUGGUCGACCAGCAGGGCUUUGAGAACAUCAACAAGGGCAUUGCCUUCACCAUCCGAUCCGUCUUCAUCAUCGACCCCAACAAGAAGGUGCGACUCUUCAUCACCUACCCCGCUUCCACCGGCCGAAACUCGUCCGAGAUUCUGCGAGUCCUCGACUCUCUGCAGCUCAACGACGCCACUGGCCUCGUCACCCCCAUUGACUGGGAGGCCGGCAAGGACGUCAUCAUUCCUCCUUCCGUCAAGAACGAGGAUGCCAAGAAGAAGUACGGCGACUUCAAGGAGCUCAAGCCCUACCUCCGAUUCACCAAGGACCCUGUUAACUAA